UCUCCUUUUGUUUCUCCCUUCUUUUGGUCACAAUCAUGACCCGGAGAAAGACGAAACUCACAUUCAUAGCCAAUGAUACUGAGAGGAAGACUUCAUACAAGAAAAGGAAGAAGUCACUGCUGAAGAAGACGGAGGAACUUAGCACUCUUUGUGGCAUUGAAGCAUGUGCCAUAGUUUAUGGCCCCGAUGAUCCUCAGCCAGAGACUUGGCCAUCCGAAGCGGGUGUCAAAAAUGUGCUGGGAAAGUUCUCUACCAUACCAGAAUGGGAGCAGGGAAAGAAAAUGGCGAACCAAGAGAGUUUCAUUGCAGAAAGCAUCCAGAAGGGCAGAGACAAGGUGAAGAAAAUAGGGAAGGACAACAAAGAAAAGGAGAUGACCAUGUUCAUGUAUCAGUGCUUCAACACAGGUACUGUUCAGCCUGAUAACAACAUGGCCAUAGCUGAUUUGAAUGUUCUUUCAUCUGUGAUUGAACAGAAGCUGAGGGACAUUAGUAGAAGGAUGGAAACGCUGAAUGUUAACGAGACAACACCACAGCAACCCGAGAUGCAAACACCAGCGCUUCCCGUAGCGCCUGAAGAGACAACGACGACACCGCUGAAUUAUGGCCAUGAUGAGUCGGAUGUGAAUGCUGACCCCUUGGAAAGCCAGUGGUUUAUGGACUUGCUUAAUGGUAAUGGGGAUGAGACACCAAUGACUCCAUUUGGAGAUGUUAAUCUCCCACUCUAAACUGGCUUUUGGCCUAACCUGUUACCUUGAAGCAUGUCCUUGUUAGAAGUCCUUUGGGGAUCUAUGGUCUGGGGUUUAUGAAUGCUUGUUUAAGUUCAAUAGUUUAUGGUUUGGGGUUAAUUUAUUUUACUGUCUAGUCUUCUCAUUUUAUUAUUCUGCUUAUUAGU